AUGAAAAUAAACUGUUUUAUUAUUAUUACCUUUAUAGCAGUACUUAAGUUAAUUUACGGAUGUACAAUCUCUUUAAAUACCGAUUUGGGAGAUCCACAGCCGUUAAUUUUAAAAUCAAAUUUUACUAAUGAUUUAGUAGAUCCGUUUUGUUCACCAACAAACAGGGAUCGAAUACAUUUAAAUGAUAACGAAACGGUUUUUGUUUCGUGUCCCGGUGGAUAUUUAUUGGUAAAAAACGUUCCCAUUUGGACUGAUCACGAACGAAUUGUUUGCAAGAGAAAUAAAUUUCUUUUUUACGAAGAAAAAAGGGAAGUACUUUUCAUUGAUAUAACAUGUAAUAAAAUGCCAAAACACACCGCGAGAUACACACACAAAAAUUGUUUAAAGAAUUACGACGAAAUCGAGAUUGGAUUUUUUGUUAAAGGCUAUUUUUUGAAAAUAACCGAAAUUUGUUUCGACCAAAAACUCGAUAAAGCUAUCUACGCAAAGCAUAAUUUAACAAAAAGCAUUUCCGGGUUUCAAUUUGGGUUCCCAAGACCUUCAUGGAUACAAGAUAAAUUCUUUAAAGCAAACAACGUGAAUUUAUUGUAUACAAGAAACACACAAAGGCGCACAAUUAAUUCACUUUUAGGGUUAGAAUCAGGGUCGUUUAAGUACAUUGCUCAAUAUGGAGAUUUCUUUUUAGCACGCGGACAUUUAACACCAAGAGCUGAUUAUUUAUAUGGAUCGUUACAAUGGGCCACGUUUUAUUUCGUGAAUGCGGCACCUCAUUGGCAAACUUUUAAUGGGGCUAAUUGGAUGUUUUUAGAGUCCGACAUUCGAAGAUUUGCAUCAAGAAAUCAACGCGAUUUAGUUAUUUACACCGGAACUUUCGGCGUUUUAACUCUUCCGCAUGCCCAAAAUGGUCGAGAGAUUGAAUUAUACUUGGAUGUUUCACAAAAACAUAAAAUCCCGGUUCCCAAAUUGUUUUGGAAAAUUGUUUAUGAACCCAAUUCCAAAUCGGGCGUCGUUUUCCUCGGGGUUAACAAUCCUUAUAUGAAAAACGAAAAUGUAGAGGAUUAUAUUAUUUGUAAAGACGUUUGCGAUGAAAUUAAUUGGUUAACUUGGGAGAGAAAAAAUCUUACGGCUGGGUAUAGUUAUUGUUGUGGAGUUGAAGAGUUUACAAAGAUAGUUAAUUUCCCAGAUUUUAAUGUUUUAACUUUACUUAAAUAAUUAAUUAUAGUUUUCUGUAAUUUGCAAACAAUAAAACAUUUUAAAUCGCUUGAAUUAUAAGCAAGUAAUACAUAUAUUUAACAUAUUGCACUUUAUUAUUGGCUGCAAAAUACCUGAAAAGUGUAAAAAGAAAAUUAUAUUUUAAAAAACGUUAAAAAUUAAUCCUAAAUAAACUUUAUUAUCACUAUUAUAUAAUAAUUUAUGAAAUUCACCGUUUUUGUUACGAAAUAUAAGUGUGGAUUAAGUAGUAAGAGUUCAAACUUACAAAAUUAAUAAUGAACACAGAAAUAACUUUUUGAUCUGUCAAAUUUGUUUCUGUCAAAUUAGACGUUUGAUGAAAUUUGUUAAGUUUUAAGAGAUGGCGUUUCAAAAAGACAUGAAAUUAGCAAUAAAUUGACAUUUAGUUGCAACAUG